ACACACACACACACACACACAUUGUGGACCGUAGCUAGCUGAACUGUGAAAUAGUCACUGUCUCUAAAAUGAGUGAUAACGGAAAGGCUCGGGAGUCUCGCUCCCCCUCCAGGAGCGCGAGCCCAGCGGCCUCGGGGAAGUCCGCAAGCCACUCCCCAGCCCGCUCGAAAGAGGGCUCCCGCCAUUCCCGCUCCAAAUCCCGGUCGGCGUCCAGGUCAAAGUCUGGGUCCCAUUCCCACCGUGGUUCGAGGAGACACUAUAGUCGAUCUCGUUCCCGCUCCAGGUCUCAUCAUCGCCGAUCCCGCAGCAGCAGAUCCUACAGUGGAGAGCGUCGACGCCGGAGCCACAGCCACUCCCCCAUGUCCAAUCGCCGCAGGCACAUCGGCAACCGUACAAAUCCUGACCCCAACGCCUGCCUGGGAGUGUUUGGCCUGAGCUUGUACACCACAGAGAGGGAUCUGAGGGAUGUCUUCUCUAAAUACGGCCCCCUGGCGGAUGUCAGCAUUGUGUGUGACCAGCAGUCAAGGCGCUCCAGGGGCUUUGCCUUUGUUUACUUCGAGAAUACAAAUGAUGCCAAAGAGGCGAAGGAGCGAGCCAACGGCAUGGAGCUGGACGGUCGUAGGAUCCGGGUUGACUUCUCCAUCACAAAGAGACCUCACACCCCAACCCCUGGAAUCUACAUGGGCCGACCCACAUAUGGUGGAGGUGGUGGAGGCGGAGGUGGCGGCGGAGGGGGCGGCGGAGGAGGUGGUAGUGGUGGCGGCGGUGGAGGAGGAGGAGGAGGUCCCAGUGGUCCUCGGCGUCAUUCACGUGACUCUGACCGCGGGUAUGAGCGUGGGUACGAGAGGGGCGGCUAUGAUCGCUAUGACGACAGGGAAUGCUAUAGAUCAUACAGAAGAAGGUCUCCAUCACCGUACUACAGAGGUGCUUACAGGUCUCGGUCCAGAUCGCGGUCUUAUUCUCCACGUCGUUACUGAACGUCACCGUCAAGCAGAAACUCUUUGUCUUUCCAAGCGAAGGAGGAAAUGUUUGAGUGGAACGAUUGAUUUCAGAACAGCUGUUUUUUCAUGAGGUGAUGUUCACAUUUGUUUGCUGAUGAUUAUGACCGGUAAAUGUAAACUGACCUGAGCUGUCCCUAUAUGUUUUUAAUUUUGAAGUAGACGAUCCCUGCCAAAGCCGGCAUAUUAAUGUUUUGAUUUUUUUGAAUACAAUUUGAGUGAAGAUACAACUUUGAACAGAUUAAAAUCAGGAUCCUUUUUUUCCA